AUGAGAAAUGUUCACAUUUUAGGGCUUCUCCUAGUGCUAUUAUUGGCUGUUACAGAUCAAGGACAAUCAUUAAAGGUGAAAAGCUUUUUUUUUGGUUUGGGAGGUGGAGAUAAAAAGGAAGAGAAGCAUGAUGAAAAGAGUGAAGGAAAACAAGAACAAGGUCCCAAACCCACACAAGAUACUAAUGGAGUCAAUCCUGCCGCAGGAGUAUCUAAGUCAGAAGGCCAUUCUCCUGAAAAUCCUUCGAAACCACCAGAGGCGAAACAGAAUGAAGGCCACUCUGAGGGAGGUCACUCUGGGGGAGGUCAUCCUGAGGGAGGUCAUCCUGAGGGAGGUCAUCCUGAGGGAGGUCACUCUGGGGGAGGCCAUCCUGAGGGAGGACAUUCUGAGGGAGGCCAUUCUGAGGGAGGCGGCCACUCUGGAGGAGGCCAUCCUGAGGGAGGAAAUUCUGAGGGAGGUCAUUCUGAAAGAGAACAUUCUGAAGGAGGUCAUUCUGAAAGAGGUCACUCUGAGGAAAGCCCCCCAGGGAAUCACCCUCCUUCAGAGGAGAAUGGCUCAAAACAUGAUGGCCUGCCAUUUAUCCCCCCACCUCCCCCACCUCCUCCGGAGCAUGAACCGGAGCAUCCCCCUUUUUCUUCGCCACCACCACCAUCAAACCCUCCAUCAGGAUGCAACUGUGGUGAUGAGAAGCCCCUAUCUGACUGUUGCCACGAAACUGUGUAUGGUCAGAGGAAACCAGGGGAAAAGAGAAAUGCCACAAUAACAGGAACUAUAACAGGAACUAUAACAGAUUCUGUAUUAUCAGCAAAAACAGGGGAUUUGAUAACUGUGAAACAUGAUUCUGAUAGGCCAAAUCCUGAGUGUGACCAUUCUCAUAAAAGGUCUCCUACAACAGUAACUCAUGAAGCACAUACAAAUCUCCACUCUAUACAGAAUGGAAAGCUACCUUCACUUCAAGCAUCCCCAAAUAUAGGUAAGGGUAAGUUUCCAAAUGGAGCUAACUUUAUUCCCUUGGUUUUGGAUGCUAAUACUGGUCAAUAUGGAGUUGAACUCAAGACUAUGGACUUGCUUGUAACUGGCCAGGAAGAAAAAAUUAAACCUUUUGAUAUGUUGAUACCCUUUGUAAAUGAAAAUGGUCAGAUUAAGUUUGUAACAAGAAGAAGGUUAAGACAGCUGGUUAAGUCUGGGCUUUCAAAGGGUUUCUCAGAAGGAGUUCCUCCAUUUACUCAGGAAGCCUUGGCUGAAGGAAUAGCUGAGCCAAAAGAGAAAAGGGAUGAAGAAAAGAGAGAUGAAGAAAGGAGAGAUGAAGAAAGUAGAGAUGAAGAAAAGAGGGACGAAGAAAGGAAAGAUGAUGAAGAGAAGAAAGAUAGAGAAGAGAAAAAAGAUAGAGAAGAGAAAAAAGAUAGAGAAUCAUCUACAGCAGAAAAUGGUAGAGAGGCUGCAAAUAGUGCAAAGAGUCUUUUGCAGGAAGCCGAGGCUGUUCUAACUGGAGGGUCUUUAUUUGAACCUUCUGAAAAGAAAGAUGAGGAGAAAAAAGGCAAAGGAAAGAAAGACGAUGAUAAUGAUAAUGACAAGGAUAAGGAUAAGGAUAAGGAUAAGGAUAAAGACAAAGACAAAGACAAAGACAAAGACAAAGAUAAAGAUAAAGAUAGGGAUAAGGAUGAUGAUCAUAAAGAGAAUGGCAGGAAAAAUCACGGUAAGGGGGAAGAGAGAGAAUCUAGUUCAGAGAGGAAGGACUCUAGUGAGUCAGAAGAUGCCUCUGAAUCAUCAAGUAGUGAAACAACAAAGUCUUCAAAAUCGGAUGAUGUUGAGAGCGCGAUAGGAGUACGGGACUCUGUUAGUGUACAUGCAUCAGAAGAGGAAGAGGAAGAAGAGUGA